CAAAUGUAGUCUGACGAGCAGUCUGGACGUAAAUGCUGUGGACUCACUUGGCCGAACUGCAGUUCACCACCUGAUGAAGACGUCCGAUUACGGCACGUACGAGAAUGUGGAAAUGUUAGAAAUGCUGGCAGGAGUUGGAGCCAAUUUGUCCGAGCAGGACCGAAAUGGCAAGACACCGAUGGAUUACACCAUUGAGACUGGUUCCAGAAAGAUGGCCACAGCUCUUCAGAAACUGACUGGAGCUGAUGCAACAGAACCGCUAAAUGCUAACAAAAUACAUCCUGCCUCCCCAGCCUGGUCCGACGGUCUGGACUUCCCCUCAUCCCAGCCCGAUGUAGACGGCGAUUCUCAAGCAAUGCUAAAGCUUCUUGAGUUGGAACGCAGCAAGGCAAGACAACUAAAUGACUCAAGACCUGAAGAGGAGGAAAAAGAAGAUGAGUUGAGGAAUGUCCUGAUGGAUGAGGAACAGAAUAUUCCAUACCGUGUAAGCAUGACAAAAGUGGAAAUUGAAAAGGAUUAUCGGAGUGGAUGCAGAUUCUUCACCUUGCAGUUGAAUAAACUUCCAAAUGGCAUCAUAAGGCUUUAUUCCCACCGGGGUCUUCUCAAAGGCUACCAUGGUGAGACCGACAACACAUAUUUUUGCAAGAAGGAAGAAGGAAUCGCUGAGUUUGAGAAGAUCUUCAAAGCCAAAAGUGAAAAUAACUGGGCAGAUGUCAAACGAUUUCAGAAGAAACCAAAUAUGUAUGCACUGAUGGAGUUCAAGCCUUGGAAAGCAAAGAGGAACAGUGCACUCAGAGAUUUCCGCUUUGAUUUGGAUUCACCUGUGCCCUGCAAACUACCAGAGGAAAUCCAACAUGUCCUUCGCAUGUGGACAAAGCCCGAGGUGUUAGAGGAGGCUCUCAAGGAAACAAAGGUCGACACCUCCAUCAUGAACUUUGGCCACUUUUCAAGAGACACGGUACUGGAGGCCAAAAAAGUUCUGGACCAGAUCAGUGAGUUGAUCAAAAGGAGAGACUGGGAGAAACACCAGAGUAGAAUCAGACGCUCCAAACAUAAUUUAAUCCCGCAAGUUAAAGAUUCUAAAGAUGCAACUUCAGCUUCAACGGGGGAAAGACCAGUCCGUUUUACUCAAAAGAGAGAUCUCUACUUUGCAGAAAAGCUUUAUGACCUAAGCAAUCAGUAUCUGCACCAGCUGAUUCCUUACGAGAACUUUUCACACAUCACAGUGCGGCCAGUUACCAUCCAGGAUGAGUUGGAGAAGCAGAGAAAGAAACUCUUUGAUCUGAUGGACCUGGAGAUGCUCAACAGGAUCUUACUGGGGGCGAUGUACAGGAAACAGGAAAUCCAUCCCCUGGACUACAUUUAUCGUGCCUUAGACUGCAAACUAAAACUUCUGGAUAAAGAUGACGAGGAGAAACGACAUCUGCUGCAGUUUAUCCACCAGUCCAUGAGAGGUGAUAAUAAUGUCGAGGUGAAGGCCAUUUUCCGAAUGUCUCGCAAAGGCGAGGAGGAGCGAUUGCAGUCUUGCCGCUUGGACAACCACAAGCUGCUUUGGCACAACUGCAAUUCAGCAAACCUGCUGUCUACCAUGAAGCUGGGCAUACCAGUCUCAGACAGAGAGUACAAACCAGACGACCGGUACUGUAAUCUUGGAGAGGGGAUCUACACAUCUACCUCAUUUAACGCCAUGUCCUCAAGUGGAAGAAUGUUUGGCCAGAAAGACUCCAAGUUCUUCCUUCUGAUGGAGAUUGCACUUGGCAAGACAGCAAGUCCCAGUGAAUGGAACAACUAUGAACGGAAGAAGGAAUUUGACAGCGCUUACUGGUCUGACAGAACCAAGAUCAACACUGAGCGAGAACUUCUCUUACCCACAGGUGUGUUAUUGCCAGCUGAAAGGCCGCUGCCCGUUCACAGUCGGCAUGGCCGCCUUGGUAGCUUUUACAUAGUUCCCACCCAGGAGCAAGCCUGCCUACGCUACCUGGUGCAGGUGACGGGUGCUAAGUAAAGAACCUGAAGUAACUGGGGAUUCAUGCCAUACUGUGCGACAGCAAAUUAGACGUUUUUAAUACAUUUUUCAAAUCUUUAUUUCUAUUUAGGAUAGAGGAUAUGUUAAUCCAGAGAGUUCAAAUGAAUUUGUCAAGUAUAUACAACAUGGAAUCUUUUAUGUUUUUCUUACCAUUUCUGGAGUUUUUCCUCAAGUUUGAUAUUUUCCUGGGGAUGUUUGUUUCAACUACUCAUGCACGAAUGAUGAGUCAACUUAAGAUUUUUAAAGGAUGGUCCAAAAGUUCGUGCAAAUAUUUAUGCGGCUUGAGUUUGCUUUUUUCAAAUCUAGGUUUUCUUUUAUGUUGCUUGAAUCGUAUGUUUUGUUCUGAAUAUUGUUGGUUAUCCAGCAAAAGCUUUAAAAAUAUCAAGAGAAACUGCACGCAUUCUUUCAGCCUAGGUGAAAUGAGUUUAGAGUGUCUAUCCCUUGUUAAUGUUAGUGAUUAAAUCGAGAGUUGAUAUCACUGAACAACACAACGAAGCCAACUUUAGCAAGUGAACAUUGACUUUCAGUGACUCUUUCUCAUUGUUGCUUGUAGUGGCAGCCAUCAUAGUAAAGUUACAGAACAGACUGGACCCCUGAUUUGAUCUAAUCUUAUCUGAUUUGAUUUGAUGUGAGACACCAGUAAUGUGGGAUUGCAGUGACUUUUAUUGGGUGUGUCACAUUUGAAGGUGGAAAUGAAAUGAAUGUUCUGAAAUUUGUAAUUUAAGUAAACAUAAACGAAUAAAUGCCGGGAAGAAUGAGACCUGUUUUCCCGUAAAAUUCACACUUCUUUAAAAAUAAUGUUAUUCAUUUAUAUUUAGCUGUCGUGCAUGGUGAUUUUUUCGGUGUUAAAAUUAUGUUAGAUUCACACAGAUAAGUUUCAUGACUAUAGUUCCACAUAGUUUACGUGUCAUGUGAUUCGAUGUUUCAUUAUGCGUUGUUUGGUAGAGUGAAUUAGAAGUAUGUCAAAACCUGCAAUAAAGAUUUAGUCGCCAGAA